CGUGAUAGUUGAUAUGAGUUAACGAGUACGACGUAGGAAUGUACUUGUUUCUUACAUUUUUGUAAAUUUACUUCUAUCGUUAAUCCCAUUUUUUAGUUAAUAGAGCUAGUUAUUUUCAUAGCUCUUAAUGAUAAUCUUUUUUUAAAGUAGUUUCUUAGGUAAUUAUUUACUGACUUGAAUGUAUUAGAUACGGUGCCUUUUUGAAUAACUAUUAAUUCUAAAUUUUGUCAGUAUCGGGCAUACAGGGGUUUUCCAGAUGUGAUAAUCAACAUUUUUUUGGAAUUGAUCAUAAAUAUUGUCUAAUAUAUUUAAGUAUAGAACUGUGAUACUAUUCAAUAUGUAUUGGAAAAAUAAUCCAGCAUCUAAUUGGGAUUCAAUAUUUGAUAGAGAGGAUUUGUGUCUCAAUGAUCUCAUGAGGGAACAAAAUCUGUUAGAAGAACUUAAGGGUCAAAAUAGAAAAUUAAUAGACUUUCUUACCAAACCUGAUGUUGCAUUGGAACUAGUACGUUUAGUUACUCAAGAACCUGAAAAAAGUGUACAACCAGAAACUCGAUUUGUUUUACCAAACUUGGCAUGUGAAAUUUUAACUAGUGAUGUACAGCCAAUGUAUAAUGUACUCUCACAUGAAGAGGAAAUAUGGAAAUGUUUCUUUAAUUUUUUGGAAGAUAAUGAACCUUCUUUAAAUCCUUUAAUGGCUUCAUACUUUAGCCGAACACUUUGCAGUCUAAUACUUAAAACUGGUAGUCAAGAUUGGUAUACAUAUCAGUUUAACUGUUUGAAGACUCUUGAGAAAAUGUCAGAUAAAGGAAACUUUAUAGAUUUACUAUUAAAACACCUUGAUACAUCUGCCAUUAUGGAUCUCAUCAUUAAAAUAUCAACUCUCUUAGAAGGGCCUCCAUUACGGAGUAAUAUUUUUAGUUUAUUUGAAAAAGAACAGCUUAUUUGUAAAUUAGUAGAUACUUUUGAUCCAUUAAGUUCACCCAUUAGGCAGUUAAACGCUGCUGAAAUUAUCUGUUCUAUAGAAAUUUCAUCAGAUAUGCACCCACUUGAACAAAACCCACUUGUUACUACAAUUGAAUCGCCAGAAAUCAUAAACAAAUUGUUGGUUAAAAUGUUUGGCCAUUCUGAAAAGACUGAGAGUACAUUACUAGGAGGCAUAUCGAUUUUACAAACUUUGUUGAUGUCUACAAAAUUUAAAGGUGAUGAUUCUAAAGAAGUUUAUACUAAAAAGCAAACCAUGGCAGAAAUCUUAUGCAUCACAAUUUUACCAUUUUUAGAACAUAUUCACAAUGUGUUACUAUUCCCUCCUAAGAUUGACAGUUUAGAAUGUAUGGAAAAUGAAGUAGAAAAAUUAUUUGGGAAUGUACGCUUACAGAUAGUGAAAUUGAUAUGUUCGUUAUUAAGCAUGCAUCAUCAACAAAUUAAUGAACGUUUUGCUCAAUUGAACACUAUAAAAGUUUUGCUUGAUUGCUUCUUUAGUUAUGAUUUAAAUAAUUUUCUUCAUACACAAGUCGUUCAAUGCUUCCAUGAAAUAAUGUGUUGUAAUCAUUCACUAGCAGAAAAUAGUUCUUUUAUUGCUCAUGUUAUUAAAGAUUGCAAACUCAUUGAAUCUAUAUUAGACCAUGAAAAAUGUAUUCAACCUGGAAAAAAACGGAAAGGUUAUAUUGGUCAUUUAGCUGCAAUCGCCAAAAGUUUACACAAUACAGAAACUUUUUAUUCAGAUCAUUUCAGAGGUAUAAUCGUUAAUACAUUAGACACUGAUAUAGUUGAGAAGUGGGAUUUAUUUACCACUACAACUCUUCAAGAAAAUGAAGAUCGUAUGUCAUCAUGUCUGGGUGGGUUACAUCCUCGAGAUGAAAUAGCUAUAAUGAAUGUUAGAAAAGAAAUUGAUGAAGAUGAAGCUAUAUAUGGGAGACCGGGUAUUGAAUUUAAUAGUAAUGAUAAUCAACUUGGGAUAUCUCGAAUAGAUAUUAAUUUUGAUGAUGAUGAUGAUGAAGGAGAUGAAAAUGAUAAAAAUACAAUGGAGAUUCAAGCAGAAAUGUUCAAUCGUAUGUGUUCAGUUAGAUCAUCUGAAAUGACUAUUGAUGAUAUAGGUUUCAAAGACGCAAUUUUAUCCAGCACUUUUGAUGCUGAUGAUAAUGAAAUGUGGAAGGACGAUGAAGAUGAUUCUGCUAAAACAGAUUUCAAUAUAAAUAUUUUUCAAAAUUCUUUUAAUAAAUCUGAUGAUUUUAUAUCUAAAGAAAAUGACUUAUAUUGGUCACCAGAAACAUCUGAUUGGGAAACUUUCAGAUCUCAGUUAAAUGCAAAACCAUCCAGUGAAUUACAAAUAAGUGAUAAUUCAGACAAUAAUUGUGCCUGUCCGUCAAGUCCCUGGGGAGAAAAUAUUAUUGAGCCUAAACUAGAAACUGGUUGGGCUAAUUUUGACUCUAGUUUUGGUGAACCAAUUGAACUCAAUGGAGAAUCUGGAAUUGAUCAAGAAUUAUUUGCUCAUUUAACGGAUGAUAAUGCCCAAGAUCCUCCUCUUAAUUUCUCUGAGAACAAUAUAUACCCAAUUAAUAGCUUUUCAAUUCAAAAUAAACAUACUAUUCCUGAAGUUGAUACAAAUAUUGGUAACAAAAGGGAGACUACUUAUAGCUUAGUAUCUUCAGAAGAUUUAACUGAGUCAUCUGAAAUAGUUGCUAAUUCUCUUAAUAACAGUAAUGAAUUGUCAAAGGAAUCAGAAACUAUUAAUAGUACAGCAAACACAAAAUCUUUUACUAAGAUACAUAAUGUGGAGCCAAUUGAUAGAUAAAAUAAUAUAUAAGUAUAUUUAUAUUAUAUAUUAUUUAACUUUAAAAUUAUUUAUUAUAAUUUUAUAGUACUAUAUUAUAUUUUAAAAAUAUGUUUUUAUCACCAUAUAAAAAAAUCAAUACAAUUUUAUUCAAUAGUAUUUUUAGUAUUCUCUAUCAUGAAUUAUGGUCGAUAACAUAGAAUACAUACAUUCAUUUUUUAUUUUUAAAUGUCCGUCCGUUUUAAAUGUAAUUCUUAUAUUUUUAUUAUCAAACAUUUAUAAGUGUAGCAUUUAUAUAUUUUAAAUGAAUAAUUUGUUUCUUUUUAUAUACAAAAUGACAAUUUCGUUACCUUUGUUAAUUGCUGUGUGUUAAACUAGUGUAAUUAGUGUAUGAAUUACAGGGAUUGUAAAAGUAAUUGUAUUUUUAGAUUGUUCUGUUAAUAACUUAAUUAACAUUCAGAAAUAUCUCAAGUAGAUGUUUUUACAUUUUUGAUGGAGUUAUUAGUUUAAUAAUGUCCUGUAUAUAAACCCACCUUAAUUUAAACAAUUAAUUUGGUCUCCAAAAUUAUUUUAUGUUAAAGUAUUCAGUUAUAUAUUUAUUUAAGUAUUUUUAUAUGUAGUCGAUCUUGUUAUUGUCAUGGUGCAUGUUUCAAAUUAUUGAAUGAAGUUCAUAUUGUAUGAAUUAAUUGUAUCUUGAAUAUGAUGAUUUUGUUUUCUUUUUGUAAUUUAAUAUUAACUGUUUAUGGAUGUUUGAGAAGAUCGUACAAAAUAUAUUUACUGUGAUAUGGGAAUCCAUGUUUGUGAAAUAUAAGUUAUACUGUAAUUAAAUAA